UCUCCCUCUGUGGCGGACACAAUAACGCAUGGCUGCUUUACAGAGAAAAUGAGCAGAAUUUUUCAAAAAACAACUUGGUGCAGUGAGAUGUGUGCGCUCAGAAGAAGGUCUCCUGCAAUAAAGCCUUUCAGCAUGGCUCAACAUGACAUCCUAAAUCCACCAGUGACUGACACUGAAAACAUGAAUAUUUGUAAAAAGGUAUUCUGGACUAAAUAUGACAAACUGUGGCAGUGUUUGUCUUUCUAAAUUCUGCGAAGUAACCCCUGCCAAGGCCACAUGAUCGGUGGAGAGUUGGCAAGAGUCGCUGCAUCUACAAAUUAACUUGAAGAGCAGUUUAUGCAGCAGUAGAAGCUUUUAUCCUCUGCAUUAGGACAAGCAGAAAAAAGGAAGAGUUAUUAAAGCUGUGGUAAUUGAGGAACAGAUGUUGCAGGAGUGUUAUCAAUCUGCUAGAAUUUAAUACACCCAGCGGGUUACAAUGACUCCUACUGAGAACAUGACUGUUUUCUCUGCGGCUGAUCGCUGUCCCAACUGCAGCUCCUCCGCCCACCCAGAGGUAGACGUAGCCAAGGCGGUGGUUUUGGGGAUGGUGCUUGUGGUGUUUGUGGUGUUCGGAGUUCUUGGCAACAUCUUGGUUAUCCUGUCGGUGUUGUUCCACCACCACUGGCGCUCUGUGACACACUACUUCAUUGCCAACCUGGCAGCAGCAGACCUGCUGCUCAGCUCCGCCGUGCUGCCCUUCUCCGCCACCUCGGAGGCUCUUGGCAGAUGGGUGUUUGGCCGGUCUUUCUGCAGCGUCUGGGCCGCCCUUGAUGUCCUCUGCUGCACUGCCUCCAUCCUCAGCCUGUGUGUAAUCUCUAUCGACCGCUACCUGGCUGUCAGCUACCCUCUGCGCUACCCUGCCAUAGCUACGGGGAGGCGAGGCCUGACCGCGGUGGCUGCUCUCUGGGGACUCUCGGCAGCUAUAUCUGUGGGCCCCCUGUUUGGCUGGAAGGAGCCUGACCCAGAGGAUGAGACUGUGUGCCGAAUUACAGAGGAGCCGGGCUAUGCUUUGUUCUCAGCACUAGGAUCUUUCUAUAUCCCUCUGGCCAUCAUCCUGGCCAUGUACUGCCGUGUGUAUACUGUGGCCAAGAGAGAGACAAAAACCCACAGGAAGGGCAGUAAGGUAGAUGGGGUUGCAACAGAGGGGGUGAUGCUGAGGAUACACAGAGGGAAUGCUGCUCAGACGGGGAAGCAGGAAGAGGAUGAGGUUCCCACGAGGCAGAAACAUACCACCUUUUCCCUACCAAGGCUGCUUAAGUUCUCAAGAGAAGAGAAGGCAGCCAAGACUCUUGGCAUUGUUGUCGGGUGCUUCAUUCUGUGCUGGCUCCCUUUUUUCCUGGUUUUACCCAUCGGAUCCAUCUUCCCAUCCUGUAAGCCUUCUGAAACAAUCUUUAAGAUAACCUUCUGGCUGGGUUACCUCAACAGCUGCAUUAACCCCAUUAUUUACCCAUGCUUCAGCCGGGAGUUCAAGAAAGCCUUCCACAAUGUGCUCCGUGGUCGCUGCCUGAGAACUGGGGCGCUGACUGCCAAACCGCAAGGACACAUAACCAGCCAUUCCUCCAGUCCAGGCCCCACGUCCAAUACCUCUGUUAUGUCAGGCCAAAGCUGUGUCACCAUAUCCUCAUGGUGUUGCUGCAGGGCGUUUCCAACCUCUUCCUCGUCUGUCGGUGUUCCAGAUCAGGCUCAAAGUGCACAAAUCCAGAGCAAGAGUCUGCUGAAGGCGUGGUGUUUCUCAGCAAGUCGAACGCCGGUACCACGGAACCCCUCCGGUCACGGAUCAACCAAGGUCUUAUGCCUGUCCCUUGGCGUCACAGGAGAGGCUGUUUGAUAGGCACGUUGAGGCAGUUGAGGAGAAUCUGAUCCUGUACUUGGGGUUUGCCUCGGGGAAAACACUUACAUGCAACUUUUACAUGUAUAUUUAUGCUCCUCAGAGGCAUCAGAGCGCAGGGCCAGCCAAUAGUGACUCGCCCCUAGAGCAGGCAGACGAUAACUCUGUUGCCUUAGGGCUUUAUGCCAGUAUAAAUGUCCUGAGUGUCAAAUAAAAUAUGAUCUGGGAACGUGAAUGAAUAAUAUUUUGUCUACACUCACGACCACUACUGAGCUGUUCUUGAACAGAGAACCACAUGUCAGAGACUGCAGAGUGUGAACGCACAGCUAGAGAGUUUUGGAAAAAGUACAAACCUCUUUGGGGAACAAAUGUGAGGCAAAAACAGUGUGGACACUAGGUAACCUGGGAACCAUCAGUUCUUUGCAAGGAAUAAAGAUAUAAUAACAUCUUAUUGAAAUGACAUUAAAAAAGAACUCCAGAGACAUGAUUUCUUUAAACAUUAGAGGUAUUACUGCAGAUUGCACAAAAGCCCCUAAGGGCAACAUACUCAUAAAUCCCGGCACAAUUAGCAUUCACUGACAGCUCUGAGAAAGCGGAAGCUGGUGUAGGAGUGCGAGCAUUAUGUGUGCAACCUCUGUUUUAAAGGGACUAGACACUGGCAAGCUUUGAUUUCUAAAUAGCUGUCACAAAAGAGAGAAAAAUCAGGAAUGGUUUGGGGAAAGAGAUACAGACACUGUAAAACCAGAUAAGUUCAUUUAACUCCCUAAAUUGUUGAAAGUGAUUACAUCGAAAAUAGUAGUAAUAUUAAGUAAAACUAACUCAAUUUUGUAAGUUUUUUGAUCAAGUAGCUUUAGUAAUUUCAAGAAGCAGUAAUUUUUAUUUGUACUGUGACAACAAAAUAUGUAGUAAAACGUACUUAAUCAAGAAUGUUUUUUAACUUACAAAAUUGAGUUUGUGUUACUUAAAUGUUUGGAUUUAAUCCUUUUCAACAAUAUUUUUGAGUUAAAAUAAGUCAUUGCUUUACAGUGCAGUCUCAAAGAAAAGCUUUCAUUCUACCCCUCUGAAGCUUUUAAUGUUCAGUUUUUGUUUUUGUUGAGGCUGUAUCUAAGAUUUGUUGAAUCAGCUUUUAAUGUUUGACAUCAAAGCUUCUGCUGUUGUUAAAUAAAUGAAAAGGUGUUUUUCUCUCUCUCAGUGUUGGUGAAGGACUUUUUGUCACUGGUUUUCUGCCAGUACAGGUCUCCAGAGCCUCUCCACUCAAACACUGGAAAAUUACAUAAUUGUCUGAUUGUUUGAAAGUGACGCAUGAGUAAUUCAAGCAGUGCCUGUCUUGACAUCUUUGUUCAUCUGUAACUGUAUGUUGUCUUUAAUGCUGCAGUCAGAUUUUUGGCUCCUAGGAGGUAGACAAACUCCAAAUGAAGGUGAUCAGCAGAUCCAGCAGACGCAGAGCAGCAUUAUAAUCUCAGUUAAGUUGUGUUUGUGUCCAACAUUCAUUAUGCUUUUAGCUCUUGUUGGAUCUCCACCAGCUCCUGAGGGAAAUAUCUGGCUCUUCAGCUUCCAGAUUUUACACUUUGUGUCUUUGUGUCUAAUUUUAUCAGUGCUGUAAGACCAAAAUAAUGAAUUAAAAGAAACCAAAAACCA